UGACGCCGCUCUCCUUGGACUCCUCGUUGGCUCGUGCCCCUCACUCACUCGCGUCUCUCUAUAUACCGAUCGACAUCGCCAACCUGACGUUGCCUCACCGGCUCCUCCUCUAUUCCUGCCAUUGAGCCCCCGCCUCCGUCAUCCCGCUGCCCAACACUGGUGCCCAGCAUCACAGCGUCGCCUUGACGGCCCUUCAUCAUCCCACUCCUCCAUCGCCGAGCUCCGACUCCAACUCACGAACUCUCAUGGCUACGACCGACACCCUCCCCCAGACUCAUGACCGUCAAGGCCCGCGCCGACGGCCCUUCUCAACAUGGGUCAAGAAGCUGACCAACUUCAAAUCCUCCUCCGACGCCGACCGUCCCAAACGACACAAGAUCAAACGCAGCCCGAAGAAGAACAACCCAUACCCCGAGUCGGGGCAGGUCGGGAAUGGUGCCACAAAUGACACCAGUGCCUGUACCUUCUCUACCGUGCCCUCCGGCAGUAACACAAGCGUAGCCCAGUCAUCCCGCAUAUCCAGGGAUGGCCAGGCAACUCCUACCAUCGGACGGAGGAGCCUGGUAGGGACCGUGUCGACAGAUCGCGAAGGGUCGCGCUCCAUCAGCGCUCCCAGCCACGGGGCCAGCUCGCUAGCAGGGACGAGCCGCACAGCUGGAGGGGGCGUCGAUUCAAGGCGUGGGGAAGACAGCACCUUUUCGAGCCCAGCGCCAUCAGUUCGGUCGUUGACGACCACUUUGACCACGAUUCAAUCCAUGGCACCCAACCACACCGGCCAGGGACAUGGUAGCACUUCGAACCAGAACCAAAAUCAGACCAACGUCCAGUUCAGCCAGCCCUUCCCGACAACAUUCCCAGCGUCUGCAAUCCCUGCACACCUUGCACCGACCGGCAACCCAACAACGUACAAUGCUGCCACGGCCAACAAUCUCCUGACCGACAAUGCGUCCAUCCUGACCUUGGCAUCUUCCAGCAAGCGCCGACGCCGACGGUCUCUCGACACGGACGCCUCCGUUAGAGCACUGGCACCAUCCUCCCUUUGGGGUGGUAGUCGAGAGAGUCUGCCACUCAGUGUUCUCAGUGCCAACAUCGACAUGUCCAACAUGCCACCCACGCCAGGGCUUCACGGCUCGCGCAUCGGGGCUGAGCGCACCAGUAUAUACUCAGCUACAGGUGUUAUGCCGGCGAUUCCAGGCGACCGCAGCAGCUUCUAUGCCAAGCAGGGCGACGGUGCCAGUGUCAGGAGCGGUCACCUGGGACAUGGCAGAGCCAACAGCGUAAACGGCAGCAUUGGUGGCUUGAGCAGUCCUCUGGUCAGCCCACGAGAAAUGCCAGGCGAGACCAUGGAGAAGGGAAAAGGGAAAGGCAAGGAUGAGAGCUGAGAACUAGAGCUGAGAGCUAGAGCUAGAGCUAGAGCUUAGAGUUGAGAGCUGAGAGAAGAACCAUGCCAUCAAAGGAGGAAUUAUUGUUUGUGUGGUUAUGAAUGAUGGAUGUACUUAUUGGGAUUGGCAGGUGAAUUUGGUCGGGUUUGGCGGCACUUGACGGUUAUUUGGGUCCUUAGAGUUUGGUUCAGCACUGAUAGUCAAGAGGGACACUACAUUCCCGUAAUAACAAUACAUGAUACCCUUGAAGCGUUA